AAAACCAUAUAACCCGCAGGAAGUUAAAGAAUUUAUAAACACAUUUUCAAUAGCUGAUGAAAUGCGUAUAGAUGAAAAAUUUCAAGCUAGACAAUUUCACAGCUCUUGUGAUAAUAAAGGUGCUACAAUCGUGAUUAGAAGAGUAAAGAAUAAAGAUCAUUUUAUAGGAGGUUAUAACCCUUUAGAUUGGUCAAUUGUAUUAGUUGAUAACAGUUUUUACAAACGAACAGAAGAUA